AUGGUUCUCUGCUGUCUCUGCACCCUUUUCACCUGGGUUUUCUACUUUUUCGCCCUCGUCGUCGUCUGGAAUAUAGUCAGGUAUCCAAAGGGAAAACUUGAACUUAUUGGCCAUGUUUGCCAACAGAUACGUUUUGGAACUGAUACCGGAGGGCGGCUCGCAUCACGACCGGGCAGUGUUUAUUACUGGGUGCGACACUGGAUUCGGACGGGAAUUGGCGAAGAAGUGCGUGAAGAAUGGCUUCCUCGUGUUCGCCGGAUGUCUUACCACGCAAGGAGCCUCUUCUCUGGAAGUGGAAGCCGCCAAUCCACGUCUUCAUACCGUUUCGUUGGACGUCAGCAAAGACGAGUCGGUUGAAAAGGCGGCCGAGUACGUGAAGAAGAACUUGGGCAACCACAGUGAGUUUACUUUUCAAUUCGCCGAAACCUGAAACGGUCUUCCAUUUGAGAACUGUGGGGAGUGGUCAACAAUGCGGGUAUCUUCUCGUGCUACGGUCCCGAUGAUUGGUGCCGAAUGAACGACUACAAACUGGCGUUGGAGGUGAACUGUCUCGGAGUCGUACGCGUCACGCAGGCCUUCAAGAAGCUCGUGAAGGCGGCGAAGGGGAGAAUUGUGACGGUGACGUCCGUCAACGGAAGACUCUCCACCCCCGCAGCCGGUCCGUAUGUUGUCUCCAAGUUCGGAGCGGCGGCCUACAUGGAUUGUCUGAGGUAAGUUAGCGCGAACGUCGUUGGUAUCAAUUUUUUAUUCAGACAAGAACUGUACAACUUCGACGUGAAAGUGAGCAUCGUCGAGCCCGGAAUCUUCAAAACUCCACUGCUUGACGAGGACGCAAUGCUGAAGAGAGUGGAGCACGUGUGGACCCAGAUUGACGACGAAUCGAGGGCCGAGUACGGAGAGACAUUCAAAAACUAUUGUAAGUCUCUAGAUGCAAGGUUUCUAAACCAUAAUUACUAUGUAUUUUCAGUCGCAAAGAUGUGGAACAAGACUUACAUCGCGCUGAGCACCACCAAAAUCCACUACGUCGUGGACAACUACUAUCAUGCUCUCACUGCCAAGUAUCCACGACAUCGUUAUUAUUGCGGAUGGGAUGCCAUUUUCGUAUACGUUCCGCUGUCCCUUCUGCCCACCUGGUUCACCGAUUACGUCAUCAGAAACCUCGGAAAGCAGGAGGUUCUUCCGGCGUGCCUGGAAAAGGACAAGCGCCAGUGA